AUGCCACAACAAACUAUACCACCAAAGAAAACCAUUGGCUGGAUCUGGCCUAAAGACCCGCGCCCGGGCAACCCAACCCGCUGGCCGCGACGCUGGCGCUUCUCCGAUGUCCUCAAGGGUAAAGGCCCGGACAUCUACGUCGGCGUCAUCGGGAAACGACCCACUCCUACCCCCGAUGACAGCAAGUCAAAGCCCAAAUCCGCGACCAACUGGGCACGAUGGGAUAAAGAGCCCGAGGAGGACGACACCCCGUUUCCAUGGGCGCGCCGUGGGAAGGAGAAGUACGACUACCGCGUGCGCAGGUACCAAAUUCCGAAUCCACAGACCUGGUCUUCGGUAGAGUAUUGUGAUGCUGUGUGGAGCGGUGGCCGGUGGGGUAGGCCGAUAGUUCAUAAGGAGCCGAGGACACUUUGGGAUCGGUAUGGACGGCCUUAUGGGGAAGAGGAGUGUGAUGAUCCUGAUUAUUACCAGGGUGUGGAUCAGGGUGAGUGUGAGCAUGAGCACUGUGAGGGAGGAUGUGAGCAUGAACAUUGGGCGAAGGGAUGUGAGCACUGGGUAUAA